AUGGUUGUCAUCCCUGAGACAAGGCAAGAGUGCGCUUUGCGAGACUCGGCCUGCAGGAUUUCCGAAUCUGACCCCGAGGACUUUUCGGACGAAACGAACGCGGAGAACCUCUAUGGUGCCUCGCCCCCCAGCACGCCGCGGCAAAUGAAACGCAUGUCGGCCAAACACCAAAGGAACAAUAUAGGGAGGCCCGCCAGUCGAACUAAUUUGAAAGAAAAAAUGAACGCGUCAAGCCAGCCUGCAAACAGAGACGGCGGAAGGCCCGCGGAGAGUGUGGAGGAGUACAGCUACAAGCAGGAGAAGAAGGUCCGGGCCGCGCUCAGGACAACGGAGCGCGACCACAAGAAGAACGUGCAGUGCUCGUUCAUGCUGGACUCGGUGGGUGGGUCUUUGCCCAAAAAACCCAUUCCGGACGUGGAUCUCAAUAAGCCUUACCUCAGUCUCGGCUGCAGCAACGCCAAGCUCCCGGUGUCCGUGCCCGUGCCCAUCGCUAGGACUGCCCGCCAGACUUCCAGGACGGACUGCCCAGCAGAUCGCUUAAAGUUUUUUGAAACUUUACGACUUCUGCUAAAGCUUACCUCAGUCUCAAAGAAGAAGGACAGGGAGCAAAGAGGACAGGAAAAUACUUCUGCUUUCUGGUUUAACCGAUCCAAUGAGCUAAUCUGGUUAGAGCUACAAGCCUGGCACGCAGGACGGACCAUUAACGACCAGGACCUCUUUCUGUACACGGCCCGGCAGGCCAUACCGGAUAUCAUCAAUGAAAUCCUUACUUUCAAAGUGAAUUAUGGGAGCUUUGCCUUUGUGAGAAACGGAGCUAGUUUUAAUGGUACUUCAGUGGAAGGGCAGUGCAGAGCCCCUCAUGGGACAAGGAUUGUGGGUUACUCCACGUAUCACGAGCAUCUCCAGCGCCAGAGGGUGUCGUUUGAGCAGGUAAAACGGAUAAUGGAGCUGCUGGAGUACAUAGAAGCACUUUAUCCAUCCUUGCAGGCUCUCCAGAAGGACUACGAAAGAUACGCCGCGAAAGACUUUCAGGACAGGGUGCAGGCGCUCUGCUUGUGGUUGAACAUCACGAAAGACUUGAAUCAGAAAUUACGGAUUAUGGGCACUGUUUUGGGCAUCAAGAAUUUAUCAGACAUCGGCUGGCCGGUGUUUGAAAUCCCCUCCCCUCGAUCAUCUAAAGGCAACGAGCCAGAAGACGAGGGCGAGGACAUGGAAGGAGAAUUGAAAGAGUUGGAAAGUAGCACAGAAGAGAGUGAAGAGGAACAGACCUCUGAUCCAGGGGCUCCGGAGACCACACAGCCCACUGACAGCUCUUUCGGCUCCCAGCCGCAGGCCUGCAGGUCCAAGAAGCUGGAGAGGCUUGGAUCCGAGGACGACUCUGUUGGCUGGGGGACACCGGACGGCAGCACGGAAGCCGGCUUUAGCAGACACUGUCUGACUUCCAUUUAUAGACCGUUUGUAGACAAAGCACUGAAGCAGAUGGGGUUAAGAAAGUUAAUUUUAAGACUUCACAAGCUGAUGGACGGUUCCUUGCAAAGGGCACGUAUAGCACUGGUAAAGAGUGACCGUCCAGUGGAGUUCUCCGAAGUUCCAGAUCCCAUGUGGGGCUCAGAUUAUGUGCAGUUGUCCAGGACGCCACCGUCCUCAGAGCAGAAGUGCAGCACUGUGUCUUGGAAUGAGCUAAAGGCCAUGGACCUGCCUUCGUUCGAGCCUGCCUUCUUGGUCCUCUGCCGAGUGCUUCUGAACGUUAUACAUGAAUGUCUGAAGUUGAGGCUGGAGCAGAGACCUGCGGGAGAACCAUCUCUCUUGAGUAUUAAGCAGCUGGUGAGGGAGUGCAAGGAGGUGCUGAAGGGCGGCCUGCUGAUGAAGCAGUACUACCAGUUCAUGCUGCUCGGGCUCCCGCACGGCCCGGGGGCGGCCGGCUGCAACAUGGACGCCUUCGAGGAGGACCUGCACAAGAUGCUCAUGGUAUAUUUUGAUUACAUGAGAAGCUGGAUCCAAAUGCUACAGCAGUUACCUCAAGCAUCUCAUAGUUUAAAAAAUCUGUUAGAAGAAGAAUGGAAUUUCACCAAAGAGAUAACCCAUUACAUCCGGGGAGGAGAAGCUCAGGCCGGAAAGCUUUUCUGUGACAUUGCGGGCAUGCUGCUCAAGUCCACGGGAAGCUUCCUGGAGUCCGGCCUGCAGGAGCGCUGCGCUGAGCUUUGGGCCAGUGCCGAUGACAGUGCUUCCGACGAAAUAAGGAGGUCUGUUAUAGAGAUCAGCCGGGCCCUGAAAGAGCUCUUUCACGAAGCCAGAGAGAGGGCCUCCAAAGCUCUCGGCUUUGCCAAGAUGCUGAGAAAGGACCUGGAAAUAGCUGCCGAGUUCAUACUUUCCGCUCCAGUUAGAGACCUUCUGGAAGUUCUGAAAUCAAAACAGUACGUUAAGGUCCAAAUUCCUGGCUUAGAAAACUUGCAAGUAUUUGUUCCAGACUUUCUUGCUGAGGAGAAGACUGUUAUUUUGCAGUUACUCAAUGCAGCUGCAGGCAAGGACUGCUCCAAAGAUUCAGAUGAUGUACUGAUGGACGCCUAUCUACUUCUGACCAAGCACAGUGACCGCGCUCGGGAUUUGGAUGACAGCUGGGCCACAUGGGAGGCACCACCUGUCAAAAUUGUGCCUCAGGUGGAGACUGUCGAUACCCUGAGAAGCAUGCAGGUGGAUAAUCUUUUACUAGUUGUCACGCAGUCUGCUCAUCUCAUAAUCCAGAGGAAAGCUUUCCAGCAGUCCAUCGAGGGACUGAUGACUCUACGCCAGGAACAGACGUCCAGCCAGCCGGUCAUCGCCAAGGCUUUGCAGCAGCUCAAGAAUGAUGCGUUAGAGCUUUGCAACAGAAUAAGCGAUGCCAUCGACCGAGUGGACCACAUAUUCACUUCAGAAUUUGAUGCUGAAGUCGAUGAGUCUGAGUCUGUCACGUUGCAGCAGUACUACCGAGAAGCUAUGAUUCAGGGAUACAAUUUUGGGUUUGAGUAUCAUAAAGAAGUGGUUCGUUUGAUGUCUGGAGAGUUUAGACAGAAGAUAGGAGACAAAUACAUAAGCUUUGCCCGGAAAUGGAUGAAUUACGUCCUAACUAAGUGUGAGAGUGGUAGAGGUACAAGACCCAGGUGGGCAACUCAAGGUUUUGACUUUCUACAAGCCAUCGAGCCUGUAUUUAUUUCAGCUUUACCAGAAGAUGACUUCUUGAGUUUACAAGCCUUGAUGAAUGAAUGCAUUGGCCACGUCAUAGGAAAGCCGCACAGUCCUGUCACAGGUUUGUACCUUGCUAUUCAUCGGAACAGCCCCCGUCCCGUGAAGGUGCCACGAUGCCACAGCGACCCUCCUAACCCCCAUCUAAUUAUCCCGACUCCAGAGGGAUUCAGCACUCGGAGCCACAGCAGCCCUGCUGCCUCUGCCGCCUCUGCCGCCGCCGCUGCUGCCGCCUCCGGUCGCCCUGGCCCCUCAGGCAGCGACCCUGCGCCCCCCAAACUCAUCAGCAGUGCCCAUGACGCCAGGGGUUCCAGUGUCCCUGAGAACGAUCGCUUGGCUUCCAUAGCAGCUGAACUGCAGUUUAGGUCCCUGAGUCGUCACUCAAGCCCCACUGAGGAGCGAGACGAACCAGCGUAUCCAAAAGGUGAUUCAAGCGGGUCAGCGCGAAGGAGUUGGGAGCUCCGGACACUCAUCAGCCAGACCAAGGAUACCGCUUCUAAACAAGGACCCAUAGAAGCUAUCCAGAAGUCAGUCCGAUUGUUUGAAGAAAAGAGGUAUCGAGAAAUGAGGAGAAAGAACAUCAUCGGUCAAGUUUGCGAUACCCCCAAAUCUUAUGAUAAUGUUAUGCACGUUGGCUUGAGGAAAGUGACCUUCAAGUGGCAAAGAGGAAACAAAAUUGGCGAAGGGCAGUACGGGAAGGUCUACACCUGCAUCAGUGUCGACACGGGUGAGCUGAUGGCGAUGAAGGAGAUUCGAUUUCAGCCUAAUGACCAUAAAACUAUCAAGGAAACUGCCGACGAGUUGAAGAUAUUCGAAGGCAUCAAGCACCCCAAUCUGGUCCGGUAUUUUGGUGUGGAGCUGCACAGAGAAGAGAUGUACAUCUUCAUGGAGUACUGCGACGAGGGCACGCUGGAGGAGGUGUCCCGGCUGGGUCUGCAGGAGCACGUCAUCAGGCUGUACUCCAAGCAGAUCGCCAUCGCCAUCAACGUCCUCCACGAGCAUGGCAUAGUCCACCGCGACAUCAAAGGUGCCAAUAUCUUCCUUACCUCAUCUGGGCUAAUCAAACUGGGAGAUUUCGGAUGCUCAGUAAAGCUUAAAAACAACGCACAGACCAUGCCCGGUGAAGUGAACAGCACACUGGGGACAGCAGCUUACAUGGCUCCGGAGGUCAUCACUCGAGCGAAAGGAGAAGGCCACGGGCGUGCGGCCGACAUCUGGAGCCUGGGGUGCGUUGUCAUAGAGAUGGUGACCGGCAAGAGGCCUUGGCAUGAAUAUGAACACAACUUUCAGAUCAUGUAUAAAGUGGGAAUGGGGCAUAAGCCACCCAUCCCCGAGAGAUUAAGCCCAGAAGGAAAGGACUUCCUUUGUCACUGCCUUGAAAGUGAGCCCAGGAUGAGGUGGACGGCCAGCCAGCUCCUCGACCACUCCUUUGUCAAGGUUUGCACAGAUGAAGAGUGAAGGUGGUCGGCCGGUGGCCUCGGAGCGCGCGUCCUUGGAACCCCCAAAUCACUACUGUAUGUAACAUUUACGUGAAGACCGUGCCGAGAGGUGGUGUGCGCUCUCCAACCUUCCAAGACUGAAGACUGCACAGGUGACAAGCGUCACUGCUCCUGCUGCUCCCGUUGGUUCGACCUGGCACGGGCCUUCCCGAGUGACAGUGUCCACGAGGUAAAGAAGCUGCAUGUUAAGUGCCAUUACUACUGUACACGGACCGUCGCCUCUGUCACCGCCGUGUCUCCCGUGACUGAGAACCGUGACAUCAGUGUGGUGUUUUUGACCUUACGAGGUUCAGAAGCAGUUGUAGUUUCCGGCGUCCUGGGCCUUGUCGCUGACCUCCUGUCUGUCGUGUGCACUGACUGUGAAACCGUUCUUUCAUUGUUGUUGGCAAGCCGCAGGUUUGUUUUGCAAAAGGCUGAUUGAUAAAAUUUAAGAAAAAGGUUCUUUUUUCAAUAAAUGGUUUAUUUUAGGAAA